UUCCGGUCCGCGCUUUUUCCCUUCCCCCUCAGGUGUCGCGCUCAGCCAUCGAUUAACAGCCCCGGCCAGCGGCCCCGCCCACAGGCCCAUCCCUAUGGCCUCGCGGCACCAGCGCCGCCUCUGGCGCUACGUGGAGUCUGGCCGGCACCACCGGCUGCACUCGCUCCUCACCCGCCACCGGGAGGCACUGGACCUGGACCAGCCAGGGGGGCACAAGGGCCGUCCACCCCUGCACUAUGCCUGUGCCCACCGAGACCCCAUUGCCGCCCAGAUCCUCCUGGGCCACGGAGCCAACCCUGCCCUCCAGGACCGGCAAGGAGACACGGCCCUGCACCAUGCUGCCCGGCAGGCUGCCCGCAAGGGCAAGAGCGCAUACAAAGUCCUCUUUGCCACCCUGCAGAGCCACUGCCCUCGGGCCAUGGGGAUCCGGAACCGGGCCGGGGAGACGCCUGGGAACCUGCUGGGGCCCAUGACGGAGGAGCAGCCCCCCCUGCCCCUCAGGGGUUCUCUGAUGCCCAAUGACUCUCCGCAGCCCCCGGAGGGAUCCGAAGAGAGCGACGGGGAGCGGGACAGGGACUGGGAAUGGCGCCAGAAGCUCUUCGGGGAAUGCCAAGAUGAAUACCAGGAGAUCUGGCGCUACGAAGAGGAUUUCUGUACGGCCCACCCGGACCCAGAACCCUACGAGGAGUGGGCCGAGCGCAUGGCACGGGAAUACAGACGGAAAGACCGCCAGGGGGCGGGGCCUGGCCACCAGAGGGCGGGGCCUGGCCCUCAGGUCCCCACCCACGGAGCCGCUCAGCCCUCCCGCCACACCUCCCAGCGCCCCCUGGAGGAAGAGUCUCGUCUGUACCAGGAACGCGCCCGCACCAAAAAGGAGGAGCUGCGGGAAGCCAAGCGGCAGCGCUACCAGGAGGGCUGCGCUCGCGUCUUCACCCCCAACGCCACCCGCCCCCUGCGCUACGGGGACAUCCCGUGGCCCAGCCCCACGGGCACCGUGGCCGAGAUGGCUGCAGUGGCCAUGCUGGGCACGGAUCCCUCGGACGCGGGCGCCUACCGCCGCCAGCUGCGGCGCCAGCAGGCCCUGUGGCACCCGGACAAAUUCGCCCAGCGCUGCGGGGGCCGCCUGGCGGAGCCGGAUCGGGGCCGGGUCCUGGCCACGGUCACGGCGCUGUCCCAGGAACUCAACAGACUGGCGGAGGCAGUCAAAUAACGCAACGCAGCUGUGUCAAUAAAGCUUCGGUUAUUGUAUUGA